AUGCUCAGCCACAUUAUCGGCAUUGAAAUUUACAGCUGCUUUGUAUGGGAAAAAUAUGUUGUUUAUGAACCCUAUGGUGUAGGACGUUACAAGGUCCAUCGAUUGGUUGUCAGGCUAUACUACUUCAUAGGAUUUUUUGCUUUUGGUGCAAUAUCUAAUAGGAUAAUAUGCGAUAUAGCUAAGUAUACUACUGGACAACUUAGACCAAAUUUUAUAUCUGUAUGUCAACCCGAUAAAGCAGUUAUAUUUGCUGAAUUUCCAAAAUGUUGUAAUAACAUUUUGAAAUUGCCUGAUGUUUCGACUAGCGCAAAUCGAGAAGCUGGUUCGGCAGGAACGCCAACUAAUCCGGAAAUUGGGAAAUCGAGGGACAGCAAGAGUUUUGAAAGCGGAGAACAGCAGUCACCUCAAACGUCUGUAUACGCUGACCACCUUAGAACCCAGCACGUGGAGGAAUAA